AUGGCCACCGAACCGACCACCACAGAAGCCACCACCACCAACCCCGAAGACCCCACCACCCACUCCCUCUCCGAAGAAGCCUGCUACGUCGCCCUAACCGACCUCCCCCUCGACAUCAAGUCCGUCACCGACAAGGUGCGCUCCCCCGAAGCAGGCGCCAUCGUCAUCUUUGCCGGCACAACCCGCAACAACUUCGCCACCCACCCCAUCUCCCACCUCUCCUACACAGCCUACCACCCCCUAGCCCUACGCACCCUCCUCAGCAUCGCCACCUCCCUGCAGACCGCCCACCAACUGCACGGCAUCGCCAUGGUGCACCGGCUCGGGGAAGUGCCGAUCGGCGAAGAGAGCAUAGUGAUAGCGGUGUCGGCGGCGCAUAGGCAGGCGGCGUGGCGGGCCGGGGAGGACGCUUUGGAGGCGUGUAAGGCGAGGGUGGAGAUUUGGAAGAGGGAGGUUUUUGAGGGGGGGGAAGGGGUUUGGAGGGCGAAUAGAGAUGGGGGGAGGGGGGAGAGGGUUGGUUGA